CGUUCGCAGGCUAGGAAUAGAUUUCGGUGUGCACCACUGAUCUCUAUAUAAAGACUGGACGGUACAAGUAACACCACGAUGUUGGAAGAAUUAUAAACCGUGGUCAGUGGUGGUGGUCAAAGUAUAAAUCAGGUGAACCGGGAUGCUACAAAAGUGAAUCCUACUACCUAUACAGACAACGUGUCCUUAACUUCAAGAUCACCAGCCGGUCUCUCCAAUUUUGGUUUCAGAUGAAUUCAUUGAUCCAUAUCAGCCUUGUAUCAUGGUAACUACUCAAACAACAGGGGGCGCUAUAUUUAUUUCAGGACGACAACCGGCGCGGCAUGCGCCGACCGUACGUACGUACGUUAGCUUUAUAGCUCCAUGGCUGUACGUAGGCGUAUGUAGGGGCCUAUGUUUACAAACCCAAGACGUCUAGACGUUGAGCAAAAUUUAACCCUUAAAACGAAGGAGGUACCGUAGCCAAUACGAAACUGAUCAUGCAGCAUUGAAUUGAGCACUUCAAAGAUGGAUACAGAAGCCCAGCUUCCCAACAGUUCAACGACAGCUGCAGAAUCAGUCACAAGUAGUCUUGAUGAGGAUAUAUCCAGCACUGUCAACAAUGAGUGCAUGGUCUGCUCAGAUAAAGCAACAGGGUUACACUACUCAGUCAAUACCUGCGAAGGCUGUAAAGGAUUCUUCAAGCGAACAGUGCAGAAACAGUUGAAGUACGCAUGUCGUGGCAUCGGCCAUUCGGGCGGAUGUCUCAUCACAAAGGAAAGCCGCAACAACUGUCAGCAUUGCAGAUACAAGAAAUGCCUUAGUGUGGGCAUGAAUGUGACUGCUGUACGAGAGGACAGGGCACCUGGUGGAAGACCACAUGCUAAAAAGCUCAAAUCAGAUCCAACUACACCAGCAUUGGAGCCAGAGCCUCAAGCACAAGACCAAGCUACAGAGAGGAGUCAUUGCGAGGACAUAUUGGAUGCAGCGUCGUCAUCAGAAGAGCAGGACUCCAGACAUGAUGACAUCAUGGCUCCUGACAAAAGCAAUGAUAUGAUGCAACUACUGGAAGAAUUGAAGGCCUCCAGACCAGACAUCAUACCAGUAGGAGGAUCACAAGAUGUGGAAGGGCCAGGUGAUGAAGCAGUGGGUGAGCAGGCCAGUGAUGAAGCGAGUAGUAUGAUGCAAUGUGGCUACAAAGAACUACAACUCAUCAUCCGAUGGGCUAAGAAAGUGCCUGGCUUCACAGACCUUAGCAUUGGCGAUCAAAUGUGUCUUUUGAAAAGCUCCUUUAUGGAACUUAAUAUUCUCCGGCUGGCUUACAGGUCAAUGGCUACUUGUCGCAAUAAGAUCCUACAGUUUGCUGAAGGGGUGGUGCUGAAUGAAGAGGAAACUGUCAAAAUGGGAUGGGAUCUUGAAUUGAUCAAGUCCACCUGUACCUUUGCAAAGCGCCUGUCUGAGAUGAACGUUGAUUAUUCUGACUUCUGCCUGCUCAAUGCGUUGAUACUGUCAUUUCCCGAUGCAGCGGGACUUCAAGACAAAGAGGUAGUGCAACGUCUUCAAGCACGCUUCAUGGAUUGCUUCUACUUUUAUUGCCAGACAAAGCGACCCCAGGAUACCAAACACUACGGCCAAAUGUUGCUGCGCCUUCAAGCUUUGAGGGCGUUGAGUGCUAAGGCUGCCAACUGCUUCUUUGAUAUGAUUGACAAGGGAACUUUACCUGUGGAUCCGCUAGCUCAGGAAAUGUUUGUAGAUGGCUUCACGUCACUCUAAAUACACGUACAGCUAUAAUGCCCAUUGCCUAGUUUGAUUGCAUAUCGGUCUGUAUUAUGUAGGAGAGCUUGCUUGUCCUUGGUGGUCAUACUGUCGUAAAUUGUUAUUCUGUAUUUGUAUAAAUGUAUAUUUUUGAAUAAAGGAACUACUUUGCAUGAAGCAUUUACAUAACAACAAAGAUUAGAAAGUAUAAAAGGCAUUGACGUGAAAGGAUAUUCAUCCUAUUAGAAAAAGAAGUGUUAUAGUUCUAAAGAACUGCUGUCAUAGAUCAAGUCAACCGUGAGCCAAUAAUGAAUUAUAAUCAUGAGCCAUUUAAAAACCAAUCGUGAGCCAACAUUGAGCCUAACGUGGGCAUAUCAUGAGCCAACCAUGAGCCAAACAUAUGCCAAUGAGCUAAAAACUACGAGCCAAUCAUUAAACUAUGAGCCAAACAUUGGCCAAUCAUGAGCUAAUUGCUCGAGUGAAUCACGAGGCGACCAGGAUCCAAUCACGGACUAACCAUAAAACUGGGUAAAUUGUGGCACGUAAUUUGACCACAACUCUGGUUGAGGGGUAGCUAGAGACGCUCUUGGAAUCUGCACUAUAGUUUCAUGACGUGUUACCUUCAUAUACAUGUAGUCACAAAAAAACUUAGGACAUAUACACAUAUUAAAAGUUUCGAGAAUUAUAUAGAGUGAAUAAAAUAAAAGUAAUUCAGAAGUAAUUUGGUGGUAUGAAAGAUAAGGUUUGAAGGUUUACAUGGUGAAGUCGGCAAUAAGAGUAAGUUUGCAGUAGUGCCAUUUGACAUAAAAUGAAUACCUGAUUCAAAGAAAGGCUCAAAUCCAUUAAAGAUGUUUUUAAAAAUACAUGUAUACAAACCUUCAGAAAUGUAUACUGCAUGAAAACGCCUGGAAUGGCUUUCUAAACAUACGUCAGGCAUGCGGAAGGCUGUCUACAUUUUUAAAUGAGCUUUUUUGGUUAGGUCCUCUAGGUCCAUGGAAUCAAGUCUUGUUUUGAAGUACAUGUAGUACUGUAAAUGACAGAGAUAAGAGGCAGUUGCAUGAGACGUUAACAAUCCGUCUUGUGAAAGGGUCAUGAACAGUCAUUGUAAAGUGUCAUGAAUGUCUAAGUUGUAGCUUUGAAGAGGUCUUGAGAAGAGUAUGGAGUAGGUAUUGCAGGUGAAGGAUGCUUAGACUCGACAUCGCUUUCGGUGUCCUUGGAGGACUUCAGGUCCUGUGCCAUAGAAGCCAACUUUUAUACCAGAGGUUUCACUGGCUCAUGUAGUUUCUAGUUUACCUUCGAGAGGCUGGCAUUAUGGAGUUGAGUUUUCAGUUGUAUUGGUUGUUUAGUGUCAAGUGGACAUCUAUCUCAUCCGCUAGGGAGGAAAGGUCUUGUAUAUUAUCCCAAGUAGCUGGUGCACAUCCCGAGUACUUGGAGGGUGCACUAUGUUGAUGGCAGUACUUGGUGUGUCCAUAGCUCUUUGGAGUUAGAGUUGAGAAACUUUACUGGUUUUUCAGUACAUUUAAUCAGGUCUAGCUUUAUAAAAAAUAUAUAAAUAUGUUGUUUGGAUGAAAUUCUGCAAGGGACGUGAAUAGAUGUGAAUGAGGUCAAUAUACAGAUCAGAUAGGAAGUUGUGCUGAUGAAAUAUAGACAAUGAAGAUGUUCCAUUGGAGGAAAAGGAUGCAGAAGUUAUAUUUGUAUUUUUGUACUGUUCAGUGCAUUUAAAAUGAAAUAGAAAUGUUCAAGUUGUGAAGAAAUUAAGAAAAUAAGGUUUAGGCCUAAGGCACUAAUGAGAAAAGAAAAAAAUUAAUUAUGUGCUGCUGGAUGCCUUACAAGGUCAGUUGAAGUAAGAGUGAACUUUUGGAGUUAGUGGGAAGAGGAAAAUGCCAGGGUUAAGGCAUAAGAAAGAAAUGGAAUGCAAAUAGGUAUAAUAUAUUUGUGAAUAUUGAAAGUUUUCCAAGGCAUCCAGUCUGCGACGCUGUAGCAGUACGCCAUUAAGGAGGUCCGCUUAAAUGAUUUCAGGACGCCAAGGCAACAAAAUGUACUUGCUCCAAUAGUACAAAACUUUUAUUUAUCAAAAGCUUUACAAUAUUUCUGGCUUUUGACAUCAAUCUCAAUUUCAGCUCACAAAAUUAGUUUCAAGUCAAAUUACACUUAAGCUCUUAUUUCUAAACUGUAAUUCCAAAUCCCAAAUUCCAAAUUAUCAAGUCCAAUUGCUUAAGUUAAAGGGAAUACAAUGUAUACAUCAUUUGCUUUUGGUGUAUUUUUCAGAAAUGGAUGGAUUUGGGGGGGUUGGUAAUAUGUAGCAAAUAUUGUUUCAAUGACUGUUUUACGAGUUGGAUUCGUAGAUGCUAUGAAAACCAAGAAAAACAAUCAUUUUCAUGUAGUCUGGUUCCCUGACUACAUUUAAGAUGAAACGGAGCAAAUUAUAGGCACUGGGAUAUUGUAAGGUCAGGGAACCAGUCUAGCAGGCUUGCACCGGUUCAUAGGUGUGUAAUCAAUUGCAAACAAAUGUGGACUAACUUAAUAUGGUCAAUUGUGGCCAGUACUGAAAAAAGCCAGUUUAUUCCAACGCUGGUCGGCCGACCAGCGUUGGAAAUUGAUACGAAAAUACCAUUUUUCUUGAAAAUGUCAGCACACAGGUGCCAUGGUUUUACAGGAUGCUUAAGACUGUCAUUCACCAACAGGCCAGCAAGGUAUUUCAAAAUAAUUUGGUAGUUUUAUUUUUUGAUGUUUGCAAAUGUUGUAUUUUUCCCUUUAAAGUUCUAAUUUCAAAGUUUAAGGUCAAGUUCCAAGUGCUACAAAGUUUCUAUAAAUUUUAAGUUUAUAAAGGUCUAAGUUUAUAAAGUGUUUGAUUGUGUGGACUCGGCCUCCCAGAUUAUACCUGAUAAAGUACAGUAUUUGAGGCAAAGAUCGAAACGCAAGUGUAAAACAUACAGCAGCCGACACAUAAACCCAACAUGAAACAGUACAAACCUGCAUGAUUGUGAUUCGCACAUGAAACCUUUCGGAUGAAGACGAUACGAAAUUCACCUCAAAAUCACUCCUUUUGGUGACAUGCUAUGAAAUAAAACUUCAUCCAGUAGUGGCAGGGAUAAUAACACAAUGAAAUGAGAAUGUACAGAAACUACAAAGUAUGGUCUUCCUAAGUAAAAAGGUUAGUUUUAGAGCACAAAUCGAGCUACGAUACUCACACUUUGGAGUGCAGACUGAAAAGGAAGAUUUCGCGCGUAUACCUUGCGCACUGUACCAAAGACUGUACUGACUGACAGCAAGGCGCUUGUAAUACAUUCAUAAAAGAAGUUGGGCGGUGUGCCAAUAUACGGUGCCUCCUAAAAGUCGUUGCCCUACAAUAUUAAUUAACAAGAGUGACGAAUUGUGGAAUCAACCAUGUACUGAGAAAUUCAAAGUAUGCUAACGCAGAAAGCCUGAGGCAGGUUACCAGUCCCUACUCACUUGGCAAGGAAGAUUUCGGAACUAGUUCAGAGGCGUAUGUUCUCCUAAGUUUUGUUUGCACAUUUAGUGGGAAAUAUUUGGGCAUUAGACGAAUAUAGCUGUGAGGGGGAAAACAAAUCAAUACUCUUCUGUUGGAAUUUGUUAACAUAUUAUUCUUUUUUAAUCUCCUCAGUUCUUGAUAUGUUUUUUUUGGUGCUCCUUAUGUUUGUUGUCAAUGAUAUGAUUUGUUGGAGUUUAGCUAUAAAUAAGUGCAGGCCUUAAUGUGCCACGUCGUAGCAGUCAUGAAUUGCUUCAUUAUUCAAUUCUUAUUGAUUAUCACCAGCUUCAGUAAAGAUUGAAAAAAAAUGUGAUCCAAAAUAAUGUCAAUCUCAAACGUGUCUUCAGGUAUCUGCUUCGACAAGUUAAUAGUAAGCAGUGAUGAAAGUAUAGUUACCAAUGACACAAUUAAUGUUUGACAGAUGUAAACAGCAAGAAAGCAUACGGGUUACGUACAGGUAACUAAUGUGCGGUGUAGUAUUUAUGUGAUAUGUUAUUUUACAAACGAAGAUAGCUAGCUGUACCAAUAACUGUUGGGGGAAACAGACCAAUGAAAUGCGGUUUCUGAAACGUGGUACAAUCAUUGUUAUUCAUUCUUUGAACAACUUUACAUAUAUAGUAUAGUAAAGGUAAUACCAUGAUAUCUUUAUCACUGAAGUUAUUACGUGAGCACAAAUGAUAAAUACAGUCUUUAGUGUUAUUUGUAACCAUGCUUGGUCAAUAUGAAUUAAUAGAUGUAUAAAACAUGUUUUAAAGGUGUAUGUAAUUAUGUCAAAUUGAUUGGUUUCAAGUAUAUGUUGCAUGUAACGAGGUACGAUGCAUUGAUGUGUUAAUGUUAUAAUAUUAUAUUUAAAGAGUAAGAUACCAUUUUAUUGGAAACGUUUACCAUUGAUAUUUUAAAUGUAUUGUGCCUUCAAAAAGAAAAGGGAUAUUUUUCAUUUUUAUGGAUUACACAGUGGAAGAGUAUUAGCCUAGUAGAAGGUUUGUAUUACGAAAAGUUCAAUCUAUAUGGAGCAGGUCUAUGCGUAUCGUUCUGAGAAAGACUUGUUGCAACAUGCACUUCGCAGAUGCGGCCCAUCUCUAAGCACAAAACUACAUCUUAAGAUUGUGUCUGAACUACUUUGCUACAUCAAGCAACAACUGAUGCAACCGUGUAAAAGCGACUAUAGUAUAAGGCCAUUUCAUGUAGAUGCAUAAAGGUGUCAUAUUGAAUUUGCAUUAAAUCUGGCCUCUUUACCGUGUAAUCAUGUUCACUAUAAGGCACGCGCAAUACAACCAAUGAGUCAAUAUUUCAUGGAAAUUCACACAUAUCGGUCUUUUGUAAUUAAUUAAUAAUAAUUUUCAUUGUGCGUUAUCUGUUGAAAUAAUUGUGCAUACGCCCCAGGUAAAGUGAUUAAAUGGACUACGCGUCCAAACACGCUUGUGCAAAUUACA